CUCCUCUCCCUUUCCUUCCUCUUUCCUCUUGGGUCCCUCUCUCUUUCAUAAAAACCCAAACUUUGGGUUCUCUCCAGCAAAAUCCUUUCCACUCACUUCAUGGCUGAGUUGAUGGAUGAUGCCGAGUUUUGGCUGCCGGAGAAGUUUAUAGCCGACGACGGUAGAAAAAACGAUACUGAGUCGUUGGUAUCCGGUCAUGGUUUCCCUACUGAGUUCCCUUACGUGUUCGACUCAUUUGACUCCUUUUCAGUUCUGAGCUCCCCUGUUGAAUCUUAUGUUGAGUCCACGGAGACUGAGAGAUGUGACGGGGACGAGUUUCUCGCUGGAUUGACACGACGCCUCGCUUACUCAACGAGUCAGAAACUCAUUGUUCAUGCUAUGCACAAAAACGAGAAAAAUGGAGCUUUUGCGAGUUCACCAAGGUCGACUCUGAGUGGACUCGGAUGCUGGUCGUCUUCAAGCAAUAAUAGCCCUAAUGGAUCUUCUCAGGUUUCUUCUCCACCAACAACGCCAUUUCGUGCUCAAAACGACACUUGGGAUCUCAUUUAUGCGGCGGCUGGCCAAGUUGCAAGGCUCAAAAUGAGCAAUGAAGUCCCCAAAUACGCCAACUUCAACCAUGCAGGUGACUUAUCCAAACCUCAAACCCAGACACUUACUUUCAAUCAUGCUCAAACAAAUCAGUUCAAUGGGAGGCAAGUCAUGGCAAGUAACUGGCAAGCACAAGUUCAGCAUCAGCAACAGCAGCAGAUUCAGAAUAAAAUUAAGAGCAAUGUUACUGCUGGUAGACCUUUAGGGUUGCCUCAAUCUUCAUGGCCACCACAUCGAGUUCAGUCCCAACAGAAACAACCUCGAACUCACCCUGUUCCGGCAUGAAAGCGGUGUUUCUCGCCGGAUCCGGUGGAGUUAAACGACAGACUGCUGGUACCGGUGUCUUCAUACCUCGUAGAUACGAUACAAACAUCACCAAUCCUGAACCUAGAAAGAAACCAGGUUGUUCGACAGUGUUACUGCCCGCAAAGGUUGUCCAAGCACUAUACCUCAACUUCGAUGACACCAACAACACCAGUCAUGUCCUGCCUCAAUUCAGUCCAUCAAACUAUGAUGCAUCGGUAGCAAGAAGAAAUGCGUUGUUGACACAAGCAAGGAGAAGUUACAGACAAGAAGGAAGCUUCAACCUGCCUCAGGAAUGGACUUAUUGAUCUCAGAUUAGUGUUUGUUUUGCUGGAAAAACAAAGUGGCAGUAAAAGUAGGGGAUUUAGUAGUUUAUAUAUAUAUAUAUAAGAAUUCAAGAUUGUGAAUCAAAUAAGUAAUUAAGUUAAUAAAUCUGAGUUUUUUCUUCUAGUAUUCAAGGAGAUUGAGGAUUGCAGCAGCUUCUGGAGGUUAGAUAUAGGAACAAAAAUAGGGGGAAUGGUGUUUCUUGUUGUAAUAAAUUCUAUUUUAUUUUUUAAAUUUUAUGAGGGGGAAUUGGAUUUUUGUCUUUGAAGAAGGGGGGAUUGUAGAAG